GUUUAACAGAAUGCUUGAAAUGAAAAUGGAGCUUUACGAAUGAAUAAAUUCAACGCGUUAUUCCUCUCUCUCCCUUCUUUUACCUCAAUGCAUCAGUUGAUAUCAAGAUGACAGUUCCACAGCAUGAAAGUUUUGAGACUUCGCCCUGAGAAAGUGGUGGACAGGAACAAACCCUUUUUUUCAUGUGACUGUGAUCAUAAAGAAAGCCAGAGAAGCCAACAUGUCCUUACCAUACAUUCCUCUAUCCCUCUACUCACCGAAAAGUAGCAAUAAUAAUGUCAUCAUCAUCACAUUCACAGAUCUUGCUCACAUCCUCUGAAGGCACAGAGUUUUUAAUCGACCGCGACAUUGCAGAUAAGAGCAUGCUUUUGAAAUGCAUGCUCGAGGACAUUGGUGAAAUUGGGCAAGCUAUACCCUUGCCCAAUGUCUCAGGACCGAUUCUUACAAAAGUAAUCGAGUAUUGCACACAUCAUCGCAAUAACCCCAACUUUCAAAGCGCUAAUGAUGAUGCUGCAGCAGAUAUUGGGGAAUGGGAUCUUGAAUAUUGUAAAGUUGACCAAGGGACACUUUAUGAACUGAUUUUGGCUGCCAACUACCUUGAUAUUAAACCACUCUUGGACUUGACUUGCAAAACUGUCGCUAACAUGAUCAAAGCAAAAACGCCAGAAGAAAUUCGAAAGACCUUCAAUAUCACGAACGACUUUACGCCAGAAGAAGAGGACCAAGUGCGCCGUGAAAAUAAUUGGGUCGAUGAAAAGUAGAAUUUUAUGUCAGGAAAGAAGAAGAACACCGAAUAAAACCGAGAAUACAAAUUUU